AAACCGAACGCUGCGAAUGCAGACCGCCUUGACGAGGAGAUCACCGUGAUGCGUCUUUACCUGAACAAGAUGAAGACCGAGGCCAAGUCCCUGCAGUCGCGCGUUCACCAGCUGGAGGAGGAGCGUGUUCAAAAUAUCCAGCUCAUGCGCAAGUCCGAGGAGGAGUCCAAGGAAUUUUCUAUCCGCGUCCGCGAGUUGGAAGUCAAGAUGCUGAAUCUGACCGACAAGGCGGACGAGUCAGAGUCCCGAAAGCGCCAACUACAGGAGACUGUAGACUCCCUGAACGCCGAGGUCGCAAUGCUGCGGGCCAAUGAGCAGCUACUGUCCGGCGCCGGGGCCUCCAACCAACAGAUUCUCGCCGGCCAGUCCGAAAUCCGCGAGAAGAUGGAGGAGAAUUUCAAGCGCCAGAGUGAACAGUAUGCGCAACAGACGAAACAACUUCGUGGCGAACUGGACGCCAGGGACAAACGCAAUGAGGAGCUGAAAGAGUUGCUUUAA